UUAACCUGACAGCUCAGCUAACGGUCCAUAUGGACUCCUGCUGUCUCUGAGCAGAUAAUCUCUGCUGGAUUACAGCUUGUCCCACUACAGGAGGAGUGGAAACUACGCAGUUAGAUAUGUGAUACACCACAUCAAGAACCCACCAGCUGAUUACAGACUUUCUGCGAUGCAUUCUUCUGGGAGUUCUGUGAACUGGACUUUAUCCGAGUUCAUGGGGCAGAAGAGGCUGCUGGGCCUCGGAGCCUUGCUGACGUGGCUCGUUCUCUUCCAUCUCCUGGUGAAUGUCUGGCUGCUCUGCGUCUUCACCAGCCUUCUGGUGGUUCUCGGCGGUUGGCUUGGGUCCCGGGCAGCGCUGGACGCUAACAGCUUUCUGCACUUGGAGCACUUCCUGCCCCUCGGCAAGGUCAACCCACCUCAGGACGCGCCGGAGCACGAGUGGAGGCUGAACCACGAGAUCCACAGUGCGGUCCACAAAGCGGUGCGGGACUUCGUGUCCUCGUGGUAUCGCACUCUGCUGCCCGGGGUGGAGGGAGAGUUUGAGCGUGUGGUAUGUGGUUCGAUGCUGGAGUCGGUGAUGGAGCUGAAGGAGCGAGCUCAAAGAGUGGACAGGAAGGCCCUGGUGCAGCAGCUGCUGGAGCUGUAUGGCUGCCACCUGCAGAGCUACAUGACAGUGAGGCAGAUCCAGUCAACCCAGAAGGAGAACCUCAACCUGUGGCAGGUCUACAGUGAAGUAGACUCCCCUCAUCCGGCUCUGAGCAGCGCAACUACUGAACUGAACUACUCCAGAGCUCUGGUGAACCUCGUUCUGCACGUCCUGGUCCCGUACCCUCAGAUGGAAACCAGGACUGGAGGGUACGUGGUGACCGAGCUCAUCACCUGCAACCUCCUGCUGCCACUCAUUAACAGGAUCUCUGACCCUGACUGGCUCAACCAAACCAUUGUUGACAUUUUCACCAAAUCCAGGGAACCAGACAACGUUGCUGGUACAAUAUACUGUGGUCAGAUCCAGCAAGAGUCUUGGACAACCUGUCAGUCCAGGUCUGUUUGUGAUCAGGCUGAUUUUAUCAGCAGAAGCCCCUCUGAUGCUGAGGACUCUCAGAGUCAGAGUGCAGUUUCGGGGACCGACUCGUCCCAGGGUAGCAGGGACAGCCUGACCUCUGAAGGGAAAACACCCAGCUGCCACACAGGCUUCAGCCUCCCACACAAAGUGAACUGCUGUGCCCACAACCCUCAACCCUCAGGAUCCAAAGUAGUUUCCACUGACUCACUUAUCCAGUCAAAAGAUGACCUGAGAGGCGUCUUCUGUGACUGCGGUCCUCCCACCAACCUCUGCAGCCUGCUCGGGGUGAACGACGAGGAGGUCUCUGGUUGUUUCGGCCCUUUUAGAAACUUUGGCCCAAAGGUUGUACCUGAGGAGUCGCUGUGGCCCGCAGGCAUAGCCCAGGACAAAUCUCCAGCCUCCUCAAGAAGAAAGCUUCGCCUGAACUCCUACAACAUUGACUCUUCUAUCGGCCCAGCUGCUUGUGUGAACAUUCAGAACCUGCACAUUUCUGGAACAGUUAAUGUGAAGGAGCAGCGCAGCAACAACACACAUUCCUACACUCUCUACACUGUGAAGUUUGAAACAGUGACUGAUGGUGAUGAUGCUGACGCCCGGCAGCCUGCAGUCUGUCACACAGUCAGUCGCAGGUACAGCGAGUUCCUCAACCUGCAGGCACGUUUGGAGGAGAGGCCUGACAUCAAGAAACUAAUCAAGAAUGUCAAAAGUCCAAAGAAAAUAUUCCCCGACCUCUCGUUUGGCAGUCCGGACAGUGAGAAGGUUGAAGCCCGUAAAAGCCAGCUGAGUGCUUUUCUAAAGCAGUUAAGCAGCAUUCCUGAGAUUGCCAGCUGUGAUGACAUGCAGGAGUUCCUUGCCAUCAACUCAGACAUUUGCACUUAUUUUGGGAGAAAACCUUUGAGCAAGUCAAGAAUUGAUAAGAUGAUGGAAAAUGCUCUGGGCACUUUGAGGACAGCUUUUCCUCAUCCUGAGCCCCUCAGUCCAGUGGAGGACAUUGAAGGAGAUGCUGAUGGAAGAACAAUGGACUACAGAAAGUACAGGAAGUUGUUCCCAAGUAAGAUGUCAACAUCUCUCAAUAUGACCGACCUUCCUCCUAAAGUCUCUUACUGCUUCAGUGAAGGCAGUGCGGUGCUUAACGGCAUGUCCUUGUCCGGCCUCGAGACUUUUGUCAGGGAGCAGGAAUGUGGGCUGACUGUGGCAGGAAGAGCCACGCGGAGCAGCGAGACACAGGACAAAGACAGGACAGUGCUGGGCAGAUCUCACGGGACAGACACAGCUGUGGCAGAUGCUGCUCUGAACAUUCUGUGUCUGCUGAUGAAAGAUCAGUGGAGCUGGCUGUGCACAGAGAACAUACAGAAGGCCAUCCGGCUGCUCUUUGGCACCUUUAUUGAGAGAUGGUUGGAUGUGGGUGCUGCCCACCUGACCAGCGCUGCAUGCUGGGUGAUUUACCUCCAGGUGCUGCAGGAAGCCGUGUGGCCCGGCGGCACGCUGCCCGCUCAGCCUCGGCCCGAGCGCAGCGCAGCGGAGAAGGAGGAAACCAAGGAGCGAUGUUUGGACUGCCUGAUGACGCUGCUGCCCGAGCUGAUUGCUGAUAUGUUAGGCAAUGAGAAGUACAGGCUGAGCUUGGAGACCAUGAUGGAGUCUCUGCAGGACCAUCAAAUCAACAAACAUUUGAUUUAUUGCAUCUGUGACCUUCUGCUGGAGUUUCUGAUCCCUGAGUCAUGUGACGAGGCCUUCCAGAAGUCUCUGCUGCAGAGCCUGGCUAAAGAUGCAGAGAGUCCUCACAUGUGAUCAACACAGGUUCUCUUGGGUCGUGGAGCAUAUACCUUUAGCUUCUGCUGAAUUAAGUGAUUCUGACUGGAUGAAUCUCGUCUUUACAGAAAACAUUUUCUGUCUCGCUUCAUGAAGUUUUCUUUGAGUAAAUUAUAAAGUUAUCAUGUUGAUUUA